AUGGCGGACAAGGGCAUCACAGCGCCCGAAGCGCGCAAGGCGCAUUACAUGGAUCCUGCACAUGCCAUGGACUUUGACAAUCUCCACCUCGGCCACCCGCCCGCGUCCAUGCACAACAUCGGCAUGCUAGACUUGUACGUGCACGUCUUCGGGCUGGACGAGAUUGCUGGGAGCAAGCUGCCGAUUUCUAUUGCUAUAAUUGGACACGGAUGGGCCAACAAGGCAUCACAGCUCGACUUGAUGGCGAGCGGGAUCAUCGGCGAAGUAGCUCGCCUUGGGCGCGAGAGUGGGAGACGGAAGACGCACGACCUCCUUGUUGUAACGCUCGACCAACGGAAUCACGGGCAACGGCGGAACAACAAGGACGGGCUGCGUUUCGACAACAACCCGAAGCGAUUGCUCCACAUGGCGACGCAGCUCAAAGGAGGGAAGCAGGACCAGCAGCUCGUGAUGGACUUGCUUCCGGCAUUCCUAUUCCCUCACGAGGAGCGUACCGUCACCGACUUUAUGAGCGUAGGCAUCAGCCUCGGCGGACAUAUCACUUGGCGACUCGUGCGCGAGGACCCGCGCAUCAAGGUCGCAGUACCCAUCAUCAGCACGCCCAGCGAGACGCUUGGCAGCUUCCUCUCCCUGGUCGACAGGUACGGCUCUGUUCCUGUCACUCCCCCAGCAAUCGCCGAGUACUUCUUCACACCAAGCGAGCCGGGAGUGUACGCCGACGCCAAGAUCCUCGCUCUACACGGCGAAGUGGAUCGCGUCAUCCACUACACGCUGGGUCAUGAGUGGUUCCCGCGCAUCCAGGCACAAGCUCCCGAGGGCCACAUUGUCCGCGACAUUCAGCCAGAUUUCGGACAUGUCGUGACGCCCGAAAUGGUAUCUAAAGCCGCCGAGUGGCUCUGGCGCUGGGGCCUGAGCGAGGGUGGUACUAAAGUCGACCUGCCACUUACCGUCGCCGCGCUUCCAGCACUGUCAGUUGUGGACGGUGAGGCUGCGGCUGCGGAGGGCGUCGAGGAAGCACUGGCCCCGACGGUCCUCGCAGUAUCCGUUGAAAGUGACGAAGGCGUUUAA